AUGGCAACCACUCUACGCAGCUUGCAGGCCUUUGCUGCACUGGUGCUGCUGCUGGCGCGUCUAGUAUCAGCAUCAGCUCAGCGGCAGCCAUCGCCAGCGUCACCGCCACUGCCACCGGGGGUCGCGCGGCCGGGGUGCCGCGACAGGUGCGGCAACAUUACCGUCCCCUACCCAUUCGGCAUCGGCGCCGGGUGCUACCGCGACGACGGCACCGCCGGAGGCUUCCAGCUCCUCUGCGACGACGCCCGCUCCCCGCCCCGCCUCACCACCGACCGCUACCAGCUCGCCAGCCUGUCCUUGGCCGCCGGCGAGGCCCGCAUCUACCUCAACGCGACGCGCAAGUGCUACAACACCACCACGGGGGAAUUCGUCGGCCGGAACGACGACGCGAGCAUGGCCCUCGGCGAGGCCAGCCCCUACCGCGUCUCCCCGACCAAGACCCGCCUCGUCGCCACCGGCUGCCCCACCAUCGGCUACUUCGUCGACGGCGACGGAUACUUCGUCAGCGGCUGCACGUCCGUGUGCCGGCCGGCGCAGUACGCCAUCGCGGGGCAGGGAUCGUGCACCGGCGUCGGGUGCUGCCAGAGCGCCAUACCGCCCGGCCUCUACUACUACGAGCCCAACACGCUCAGCUUGCAGGGGGGGCAGCUGGACCCCAUCUUCGACAGAAAUGUCACCACGUGCCAGUACGUGUUCCUGGCGGACGCCGACUGGUUCAGCUACAGCGACCGCGUGUUCUUCAACCGGACCGACGACUUCGCCGCGCCCGUCGUGUUCGACUGGGCCGUCCGGAACGUCGGCAACUGCAGCGCCGCCCAGCGGAACAUGGCGGACUAUGCGUGCCGGAGCGGGAACAGCGAGUGCGUCCCCUCCACCAACGGCGCCGGCUACCGGUGCAUCUGCAAGCAGGGCUACGAGGGGAACCCCUACCUCGACGGCGGAUGCAGAGACAUCGAUGAGUGCCGUCGCAAAGACAAGUAUCCCUGCUACGGAGACUGCACAAAUCUGCCGGGAAACUACACUUGCAAAUGCCGUCCGGGAACCGAUGGGGAUGCCUACAAGCAGAACGGUUGCCGGCCCAAGGACAAGUUCACACUAGCUCUCAAAGUGGUUACAGGGUUCGGCGUUGGGGUGGUCUUGUUACUGUUGUGCGUGUGUCUCAACCUGGGGCUCGAGAAGAGGAAGCUCAUCAGAACGAAGCAGAGGUUCUUCGAGCAGAACGGGGGCGUCAUCCUGCAGCAGCAGAUGCGCUCCUACACCAGCGCCGGCGCUGGAGCGGGUGGGUUCAAGAUAUUCUCCGAGGAUGAGCUAGAGAAUGCGACCAACAGCUUCGCCGCCGACCGUGUCCUCGGCCACGGCGGGCACGGCAUCGUCUACAAGGGUGUGCUCGAGGACAAGACGGUGGUGGCCAUCAAGAGGUCCAAGAUGAUGGAGGAGGCCCAGACCAAGGAGUUCGCGAGGGAGAUGCUCAUCCUCUCCCAGAUCAACCACAGGAACGUCGUCAAGCUGCUUGGCUGCUGCCUUGAAGUAGAAGUGCCCAUGCUGGUCUACGAGUUCGUCUCCAACGGCACUCUCUACCACUACAUCCACGAUAAGGAUCUCAAGGCUGAUAUAACCCUUGACACCCGUCUCCGGAUCGCGGCGGAGUCCGCGGAGGCGCUCGCGUACAUGCACUCGUCUGCCUCGCCGCCGAUCCUCCAUGGAGACGUCAAGACGGCCAACAUUCUGCUCGACGACAAGCUCACCGCAAAAGUUUCGGAUUUCGGGGCGUCGAAAUUGGCGCCCGCUGAUGAGGCCGAGAUUGCGACAUUGGUGCAGGGGACUUGUGGGUACCUUGACCCUGAGUACCUUAUGACAUGCCAGCUAACCGAUAAGAGCGACGUGUAUAGCUUUGGUGUCGUCCUGCUGGAGCUUCUGACCAGAAAGAAGGCACUCUACUUCGACGGGCCAGAGGAAGACAGGAGCCUAGUGUCAUGCUUCAUGACGGCAAUGAAGGCUGGCCGGCAUGAAGAGCUUCUUGACAGCCAAGUGAGGAACGAGAUGAGAGCCGAGGUGCUUGAAGAAAUUGCUCACCUCCUGAUGCGAUGCCUGAGUAUGAGUGGAGAGGAACGGCCAACGAUGAAGGAGGCGGCUGAGAGGCUGGAGAGGCUGAGGAGAUACCAGCAGCACCCGUGGGCUCAGGCUGAUGGCAAUCUGGAAGAGAGGCAGACCUUGCUUCCCAUGGAACAACGGGAUCUUCCUUCCAUGUUCAGACAGCAAGAUGUCCUGGAUCUUGAAGAGGGCAGCACAUAUAAUACUUACAGCUUGUAG